UUGCAUUAACGAAAUGUGAUUAUUGAUUUGCCGUCUAUCCAAAAGAAAUUGUGAAUUAGUGCGGUUUUCUAAUGGUUUAACAUAGUGCAUUUGUGUAAUUACAAGGGCUUUAAAGUUUCCUUGCAGCUUUGUUGAAUGUGGAAUGUGUAUUUAUGUCACAAGAGGGUUGUAAUUUAGUGAAUUCGGUGUACCUAUUUUUAGUGGGUGUUGUCAUUGUGGCCAAGCUUUAUUCGGAUUAGGUCAUCGAGUGCCUGAACAUGUGUGCCGGGGAAAUGUGUUUUGCUGUAUUUAAAGUGAAUUGUUUGGUUUCUUGUUAGAUAAACGAGUCAGGAGAUUUGGAAACAUGAGUACAGUGCGACUGAUAUGUUUCGUUGCGGCCGUAACGCAAGCCGCGGCGUUGUUAACCUCCCCACCGAAGAUGGUGAAGCAACCGACACAAGAAGAGCUGCUGUUCCAAGUGGCGCAGCAAGGAGAGGUGGAUAAACCCUUCAUCAUCGAGUGCGAGGCUGAAGGAGAACCCGCUCCGAAGUACAGAUGGAUCAAGAACGGAAAGCCCUUCGAAUACACCAGCUACGACAACCGUAUCUCGCAACAGCCGGGGCGGGGUACGCUCGUGGUCAGCCAGCCUAGGGACGAGGACCUCGGCCAGUACCAAUGCUUCGCCGAGAACGAAUGGGGUACCGCCACCUCGAACUCGGUGUUUGUACGAAGAGCCGAGCUGAACUCCUUCAAGGAAACCGACGGGCCUCAGACCAUGAUCACGGCUGAUGAGGGCAAGCCGUUCAAAUUGACGUGCGAGCCCCCAGACGGCCAUCCCAGCCCGAAAGUGUACUGGAUGUUGCAAGGCGAACAAGGGCAGCUGAAGACGAUCAACAACUCCCGUAUGACCUUAGACCCUGAAGGAAACUUGUGGUUCUCGAACGUGACUCGAUUUGAUGCAAGCGAAGACUACGCGUAUACAUGUGCGGCGAAGUCUCUCUUUAGGAACGAGUAUAAAUUAGGAAACAAGGUGUAUCUUCAAGUGAAGCCUACUGGCAUAUCUCCAGCGCUAAACAAGCACGAACCAGUUCGCCAGUACACCACCCGUCGAGUUGAGAAGGGUCUCAAAGGCAAGCGGGUGGAGCUCUACUGUAUUUACGGUGGAACGCCGCUACCUCAGAUAGUUUGGAAGAAGAACGGCAAAACGAUACUGUCGUCCCAAAGUAUCACGCAGGACAACUACGGCAAGACACUGGUGAUCAAGUACCCCGGCUACGAGGACCAGGGCACCUACACCUGCGAGGUCUCCAACGGCGUCGGCACCGCGCUCACAUACUCCAUCCAGCUCAAUAUCGAGGCCGCCCCAUUCUUCACCGAAGAGCCCGAGUUCCAGAAUAAGGCAGAAGGCGAAACCGCCGUCAUCCGCUGCCAGGCCGGCGGGACCCCUGUCCCCCAGAUAUCCUGGGUGCACAACGGCAAGCCCAUCGAGCAGGCCGAGCCCAACCCCCGGCGGCAGGUCACCGCCGACUCCAUCAUCAUCACCGACCUGGUGAAGAAGGACACUGGAAACUACGGGUGUAACGCCACCAAUUCCAUCGGCUUCGUGUACAAGGAUGUCUACAUCAACGUGCAAUCGAUCCCGCCGGAGAUCAAGGAAGGCCCCGAGAACCUGACCAAGGUGGACGGCUCUGAAGCCGUGCUGAAGUGCCGGGUGUUUGGUGCCCCCAAGCCUAUUGUACGCUGGAUGAGAGACGAAGUGGACCUUACUGGCGGAAAAUAUAACAUCACCCCUGAUGGAGAUCUGGUGAUCCGCGACGUGUCGUUCACGGAUGUCGGAACGUACCAGUGUUACGCGAAGAAUAAGUUUGGAGAGAAGUCUGCGUUUGGAUCUUUGACUGUUAAGAAGCACACCGUAAUCACCGACAAGCCCGAAAACUACGAGGUAGCAGCAGGCUCAGCGGCGACUUUCCGCUGCAACGCCAACGCCGACGAUUCUCUCAAGUUAGAAAUCGUCUGGCUCAUUGACGGGCAGCCGAUCGACUUCGAGAGCCAGCCGCGGUACCGCAUGACCAACGACUAUUCGCUGCUUAUAUCCGAUACUACGGAGCUGGAUUCCGGAGAAUAUACGUGUAUAGCGCGUACCGCGUUUGAUGAAGCGAGCGCUCAAGCUACGCUUAUUGUGCAAGACAAGCCGAACCCGCCGGCUUUAGAAGGCAUCGAGUGCCACGAGAAGGUAGCCAACCUCCGCUGGAAGCCCAAAGGCGACAAUCGAGCUCCCAUCCUGCGCUACAGCAUCCAGUACAACACCAGCUUUACGCCCGACUCGUGGGACGCGGCCAGUGACAACGUGCCUGCCAUCGACUCGCUAUGGACCGUCGAACUCAGCCCCUGGGCCAACUACACCUUCAGAGUGAUCGCAUGGAACAAGAUCGGGCCGUCGGCGCCUUCGCCACACUCGGAGGUGUGCACGACGCAGCCCGACGUGCCCUACAAGAACCCCGACAACGUGGAGGGAAAGGGCACCGACCCCACCAACAUGGUCAUCUCUUGGUCGAAAAUGCCUCAAAUCGAGCACAAUGGUCCUGGAUUCUACUACUUAGUGUCAUGGCGACGCAACAUCACUGGACAGCAAUGGGAAGAGCAGCAGAUUCGUGACUGGCAGCAGACAGAACACAUUGUCCACAACACACCCACUUUCCAACCCUACAAGAUCAAGGUAAUCGCCGUCAACUCGAAAGGAACAUCAAACGUCACCCCAGUCGAAGUCAUCGGGUGGUCAGGCGAAGAUGUCCCUCUUCAGGCACCUUCAAACUUCACCCUCGUCCAAGUGACCACCGGUACCACCGCUCUCCUGAGCUGGAAUUCGGUCGCCCCAGAAACCGUCCGAGGACAUUUCAAGGGGUACAAGAUUCAGACUUGGACCGACGGCGAGGAGGACCGUCAGAAGGAGAUCUUGGUCAAAGCUGACGCGACAAACACUCUAGUCACCAAGUUCAAACCGUACAAGAAGAACAACGCGAGGAUCCUCGUCUACAACGGCAGGUACAACGGGCCGCCCAGUGACGUCCUCAGCUUCGUGACUCCCGAGGGAAAACCCGGCACCGUCAAGUCCUUCGAGGCCUACCCGAUCGGCUCCUCGGCCAUGCUGCUCAAGUGGGACAAACCCGUCGACGAGAACGGAGUCCUCACCAGCUACAAAAUCUCCUACCAGAAGGUCACCGGCACCGCGCUGGGGCCGCUCCAGGAGAGGAAGAAGGAGAUCGACCCGAGCUUCGACCGCGCGAAGUUGGCCGGAUUGGAACCGAACACGAAGUAUCGGAUCGAGAUCCGAGCGAAGACCAAAGCGGGGGAAGGGGAUAAAUACUUCGUCGAGCAGACUACUAAAGGGGUAGUGAACGCGGUGCCCGAUGUUCCUCUGUUUACGACUUCGACGUUACCGGCUAAGGAGGGCACGGCUCAUAUCCUAGUGCGCUGGUUGCCGUCGUUGGACGGGCAUGCAGGGACGCACUUCGUGGUGUGGUACCGACUCCAGGGCCGGCCGGAGUGGCUGCGCACCAAUGACGUCACGGACGACGACUACGUCAUCCUCACGGGGCUGGAGCCCGGCCAGCUGUACGAGGUCAAGAUCACGGCGCACGACGGCGAGUACUUCAGCACGAGCGAGAUACAGGACGUGGACACUACCAUCGACGGCCCGGUGAUGGUCCGCGACGACAAGAUGGCGACGGCCGGCUGGUUCAUCGGCGUGAUGCUGGCGUUGGCCUUCUUAUUACUGGUGCUUGUGCUGGUGUGCGUGGCACGACGCAAUCGUGGCGGCAAGUACGACGUGCACGACCGCGAGCUAGCGCACGGACGACGCGACUACGCCGAAGGCGGCUUCCACGAGUACACGCACCCCCUUGACAACAAGUCGCGACACUCCAUGAGCAGCGGCACCAAGCCUGGUCCCGAGAGCGAUACCGACUCCAUGGCUGAGUAUGGCGAAGGAGAAACAGCGGGCAUGAACGAAGACGGCUCGUUCAUCGGCCAGUACGGGCGCAAGCGGCGGCCGCCGCCAGGUCGCUUCACGGAAGACGGUUCGUUCAUCGGGCAGUACGUGCCGGGCGCGCGCGUGCUUCCGCCGCCUCCGCCGCCCGCGCCCGCGCCGCCCGGCGCUCAACCACCCACCUACGUGUAAACAGUAGCCACGCCCACAUCACGCACAGAACAAUGCCAAAAUGACGCCUUGGCCGCUCCAACUAUACGGACCUCAGCUCCGACGUAAACUAUUCCUAAGGUAGGACCGUAAAGUUAUUAUACCUUCGGAAUAGAGCAACCACGAGCUAAACGAAACCGAUUUUGGAUGACACUGGAUGUCAUUUGUGUUUAAUGCUGGAUUUCUAUAUUCAAUCCUAAUCCAA